AUGCCCGAAUCUUGGUGCGUGACCUACCUUUCGACAUACCUCGUUCCCAUUUCAGCUGCCACAAGCUCGCCUGCAGAGAGUUCGUUGCCUGGUAUCGAAUCUUCUACGAGCCUGGAUAUCUCUGUCACUUUGAAUCCCUCAUCGUCCCUGUCCUUCGUACCAGAUGUAACCUCGUCGGUAGCAGCCACAGAGGCCGAAACAGCUCCCCCCUCUUCCACUACAGGUCCCAGCACCCUGAACGAGCAAAUCGUAUUCCGUGUUGUUCCUGAUAUCCCGGACAAUAACCGAUUGCGGAGGCGGGCUCUUGGAGGGUUCAUCGGCUCCCCUUCAGAGAUUUGUGACAAUGCAAAUGUGUUCAACUUGGUUGAUGGGCAGCUCUUGGAAGGCAAUGCCCCCAUUUACUUCAACGGGGAGGACUACAAGGUGUUUGGUGGCCAGCAGGGGUCUGUUCCUAGUGGUGCCAUCACCAGAACAUUCUUCCGUGACGGGGACAUUCUUCGCUUCCAAAGCUCACGAAUUAUUCCGAAUGGCGAGGCAGGCUUCUGUCAAACCCCGUCAGAUGGUCUAGUUUAUAUCACUUUUUCUUCGCAACCUGCUGGCUGUAUCGCGGUCCAACUCUCCGCUAUUGGAGUUCAAGAGUGUGUAAAUGGAGACGUAACUACAAGCGCCGCUUCUACGAGCGAGGCUCAGCAGUUCACAUCUGCAUCAUCCCUUGGACCAAUCAUCUCCUCCCCUUCAUCCUCUGACGAACUUCCUCCAGGAGUCUCAACCCUCCCGACAGAAAGCAAUCCUCCGGUUGUAACAACAGAGUCAAACGGGGUUGUAACGACAAAGAAUCCCAUUACACAGCCCAUCCCAUCAAGCACAUUCAGAUGGUCAAACAUUUCAUCUUCUUUUCAGCCACCACCAGAGACCUCAAAGUCGUCCUUCGUUCCUUUUAGCACUUUUGUUCUUACGUCCGAUUCAAGCACUUUAGUAGAAGUAAUUUCCAGCACGGAAAUUAUUGAACCAGAGUCCUCAACCGCUCAAGAGCGCAUAUCAACCACCGAUGAUUUCCCAGCUUCUGAGAUCGGUACAACCACAGCCGAAGCCACAACAAGCGCUGUUGAAGAAACAACGACAGAAACCUCCACCCUUGAGACUACGAUAAACGUCACUACGGAAGAGUCAACCACUAUCCCUACCACCCAGAAAACAACAGAUACUACUACUACUACCACCGAGGUUUUGACAACCGAGACUACAACUCAGCAGACAUCAGAAACUACUUCACAAGAGACAACUGAGGUCACCACUUCAGAGGAGUCAACAACAGAAACCACUUCAGAGGAAACAACAGCAGAAACUACUACCACUGAGGAAUCAACAACUGAGAACCCUAACACCACCACUUUCACAUCUGCUCUCGACUCAACGACUGAAACCACCACUGAAGCAGCCACAACAACCACGGCAGCCUCGGAGGAUAUCGUAUGCCCUUCAAACCCUCAGCAGUGCAUUCGCACGUUCAAGAUUCAGUGCGACACCGUCAUUGGAGGUAUCCCUCUAACUUCCGGCAGCAGCACUUUAGAGCAAUGUUCUCAAGCUUGUUUCAACGAUCCAAACUGUGUUAUCUUCACUCAUUCUGGAACUCAAUGUUUCUCGACUACCGACGCCUCAAAUAAUGCAGGCGCAUUCACAAUUCAAGGCUGGACUAGCGGUAUUAGGGGAACUUGUUAA